CAGAUUGGCGACAAGUUCCACUUCCUCUUUAGAUCUGAUUAGUGUCGAUAGUGACAAAAAGUACUAUUUUCUCAUCCAGAUUUGAUCGAUGACGGUGGUGGGAAAUGAGAAGGGGGGAGGGGGCCGAUGGAGAAGGGGUGGACGAGGGGAGAGUGAAAGUCAAGUCAAACCCAUCCCACAAACUCCCCUACUACGAACAUACACAAUUCUAACUGAUUUUUAUAGGCAGCAAAACUUAGCGGCUGUUAAAAACUGCCGCAAAUGUGUAUGUUUAUACUUUAUUCUAUUUUCCAACAAUUAUUUACCCAAAAAGAAAUGUUCAACAAUUGAACUGUGAAGUAGUGGUUUCAUUAAUGAAUCAUAUGUCUGGUGAUUAGAGUUUAACUGUAAUCAGAGUUUAGCUUAGCUCAGGUGCUCCACAGAACCGAUCAUCGAUGCAAUGUGGAACCUUGUCCGUCGGAAAAUCAUCCCCAUCAGUUCCAUUCCCAACCGCAUCUCCUCUUAUUCUUCACACUCUCCCUCUCACUCCGACAACACAAACGCCAUCAUCAUCCACAUCCUAACAACCACCACCACCACCAACACCAACAACCACGCCGAAGCCACCUUCCUCACCAAACAACACCUCCUCAACUCACCCAAACCCCACCGCACUGCAUGCUUCUCCCUCUUCCACGCCCUCACCACCUCCAAACCCACGCCCCACGCCUUCGGCAUCCUCAUACUCGCAUUCUCCCAACUGGGUCUCAUCGAUGAAGCCCUCUGGGUCCAUAAACAGCUCAACUUCUUGCCCCCGUUACAAGCUUGCAACGCGCUUCUUCAUGGUUUGGUCAAGACCCAGAAGUUUGAUUCAGUCUGGGAGCUCUACGGUAACAUGGUGGCACGCGGAUUUUCCCCUACUGUGAUCACCUAUGGGAUUUUGAUGGACUGUUGUUGUAACCAAGGUGAUUUUGGUAAGGCACACAAGGUGUUCGAUGAAAUGCGUGAGAGGGGGAUUUUGCCUACUGUGGUGGUUUACACUAUUCUGAUUCGCGUGUUUUGCUGCGAGGGUCGGAUGGGGGAUGCUGAAAGGGUGUUCAGGUUGAUGAGGGAGUCUGGGGUGGAUGCCAAUUUGUAUACUUAUAAGACUGUCAUGGAUGGGUAUCGCAAGGUGGGUUAUGAUGCGAAAAAACGAGUCUUUGUUUUGUUUGGUGAUAUGUUGCGAAGGGGGUUGCGCCCUGACGUUGUGAUUUUUGCUACUCUGGUGGAUGUUCUAUGCAAGGCGGGGGAUUUAAAGGCUGCUCGAGACUGUUUACGUAGCAUGGCCGAAUUUGAUGUUGUUCCUAAUGCUCAUGUUUUUAAUUCUUUGAUGAAUGGUUACUGUAAAGCCGGGAACUUUACUGAAGGAAUGCAGUUGCUAGGAGAAAUGGAAAAGUUUGAAAUUGCGCCGGAUAUUUACACAUUUAGUAUACUCAUUAAGUGUCUAUGUGACUCUGGUAGAUUGGAGGAAGCUAAGGCCUUGAUGGAGAAGAUGGACAGAUCAGGGGUCAUUGCCAAUUCUGUGACGUGCAAUGCUGUGAUUGAUGGACAUUGUAAGAUUGGAGAUAUGGAGAAGGCUAUUGAGUUGUGUUCCCAAAUGAAUGAAAGGAAAAUAGAACCUAAUGUUAUCACAUUUACCUCAUUAAUUGACGGGUUUUGCAAAAAAGGAAACAUGAAAGCUGCAAUGGGCUUGUAUACGGAAAUGGUAAUCAAAGGUCUUGUGCCUGACGUGGUAACUUACACAGCUUUGAUUGAUGGACACUGCAAGGUUGGGAACACAAAAGAGGCUUUUAGGCUACACAAGGAGAUGCCGGAUGCAGGACUUGUACCCAAUGUGUUUACGGUUAGUUGUUUAAUUGAUAGCCUUUUCAAAGAUGGAAGAACAUAUGAUGCAAUCAAACUGUUCUUGGAGAAAACAGGAGUUGGUUGCCCUGGAGGUAAAAUGGAGAGCAGCUUGUGUUCUCCAAACGAUGUGAUGUAUGCCAUUUUAAUUCAAGGUUUAUGUAAAGAUGGACAGAUCUUUAAGGCCACCAAGUUUUUCACAGAAAUGAGAUGCAAGGGUUUCUUACCAGACAGGGCUGUUUAUGUUGCCAUGUUGCAGGGACAUUUUCGAUUCAAGCACAUGCUUGAUGUAAUGAUGUUGCAUGCAGACAUACUGAAGAUGGGUAUUAUGCUAAACUCUACCAUAUAUCGUGUGUUGUCUAGGGGCUAUAGAGAGCGAGGAGAUUUGAUACCAGCUCGCAUGUGUUCUGAACAUCUAAUGGAAUAUGGCAUUGCAUGUCCUCAAUAAGGAAGGUGUUUCUGAUUCCAUCGGUGGUUCAAGUUUGGACUCCUUUACAGCAAGAUCGCCAAGUGAUGUUGCUUGUGUUAGAACAUAGUGACUAAGGAUUUUCAUAUAUCAUCUAAGUCACUAAUGCUACUGGUUCUUAAUAUAUUACCGUGGAUUUCUCAUUUCUCCGCAAGUGACCUUCACCUAGUUAUUCCUUUGCUAGUGUCAUGCUUAUUGGUAUUAAUUUGGUGCACUGCUCCAAGACCAUAAGGCAUAUUAACUACUGAAGGAGACUUGCUUUCCUACUUUGACAGCUUGAGAUAACAGAUUUGGAUUUUGAGACUUUCUUCUCAUUAACUGAGUGGUGAGGACAAGAGGAGAACUGACAUCUUUCGGCACAUUGAGGCAUACCAUCGGUGUAUGCUUUGAGUUAACAUUUACUUCUCCAUUGAUGGGGAUGUGUGUUUUCCUAAUACAAACGGAAGCCAAAAAGACACUUAAUGAUUGACCAACCUUCCUACCUGGAUUUGUGGCUUCCUAAGGCACAAUUCUAGAUGGAGCUCAUGUGUUGAAUUGGAGCCAAAAGACGUUCACGUUUGACUCUAACUGCUGUUCAAGCACAGCCUAAUGCAUAUCUUAUCCGAUUCUUUGGAUUUGGAUCCUCUCAUGUGAUAGAACAAUGUAAAAUGAAGCAUUUUGUUGGAAACAUGAUAGGAUCAUGAUCUUUGUAACUGAUUUUAUUCAAAUAGUGUUUAUGGCUCUUUUAUGUUGUAAAUAAUUUAUUUGUACAUGAGUUCCCAUUUGGGGAUAAAAUC